AUAAUGCAGUCAGAGUGAGGAGAGAAUUCAGCUGAAAACAUGGCCUUCCUCUGGAUCCUGUCCUGCCUCGCCUUCGCCAGUGCAGCCUACGGCUGUGGCAUUCCUGCCAUCACUCCAGUCAUCUCUGGUUACUCCAGAAUUGUGAACGGUGAGGAGGCAGUUCCUCACUCCUGGCCCUGGCAGGUUUCUCUGCAGGACUACACUGGAUUCCACUUCUGUGGCGGCUCCCUGAUCAACGAGUGGUGGGUUGUGACUGCUGCUCACUGCAACGUCAGAACUUCCCACCGUGUGAUCCUGGGAGAGCAUGACCGCUCUUCCAAUGCUGAGUCCAUCCAGACCAUGAGUGUUGGCAAGGUUUUCAAGCACCCCCAGUACAACGGCUUCACCAUCAACAACGACAUCCUCCUGAUCAAGCUCGCCACCCCCGCCCAGAUGAACCCCCGCGUGUCCCCUGUGUGUGUGGCUGCGACCAGCGACAACUUCCCUGGUGGCAUGAAGUGCGUGACCUCUGGAUGGGGCCUGACCAAACACAACGCUCCUGAUACCCCCGCUAAGCUCCAGCAGGCCAGUCUGCCCCUGUUGACCAACGAUGAUUGCAAGCGCUUCUGGGGCUCUCAGAUCUCUGAUGUGAUGAUCUGUGCUGGAGCUUCUGGAGCUUCUUCCUGCAUGGGUGAUUCUGGUGGUCCUCUGGUGUGUCAGAAGUCUGGAGCUUGGACUCUGGUUGGUAUCGUGUCCUGGGGCAGCGGCACCUGCUCCACCUCCAUGCCCGGAGUGUACGCCCGCGUCACCAAGCUCCGCUCCUGGAUGGACCAGACCAUUGCUGCUAACUAAAGCACAGCAAACAUCAUCAAUAAAGAUGCUUUGAUAUAUUUAUA